UAGAGUGGUGCGAUAAACAUUACAUAACGUCGUUCUCAAAAACGUAUAUUGUCUGUGUGUCUUUAGUUAAAAAAUAAAUACGCAAAAUAUAUCGUAUCUCUAUCAAUAUGUUUUGUUCGAUGUUAUUAUAUUUUUAUGUCUGUCUAAUAUUGUUCAGCUGUAUGACAUACUAAGUACAGUAGGUAUACCUACAUAGGUAUACCUCCCUACGUGUAUAAAGUGGUGCACGCGUGUGCAGACUGCAACUACUGCAGCUAACUCGCGCUGUGAGUUGUGACCAUCGAAGUCAGCACACAUCAAAAAAAAAAAAAAAAACCGAGAGGCAGUCGCAGUACAACCGGACGGACGAUCUUGUCAAACUAUAACUGCUAACACUUGCAGUGUGCGUUGGUCGUUGAUAUCGUAAAAGAGGCUGCACCGCUAAUGAUAAAAUAUAGAGACACAUUGUCGCAGUGGCAAUAUCUCGCACGACCUUCCAUUUAACCAUCACAUACUCCAUUCGGGUGAAUCAGAAUCAGGAUCAUUUCCAAGUUACAGGGACGACUAAUUUUUCGAUAAUAAACGAGGGCAUGAGGAAAAAAUGACGGCUCUAGUUAUAGAACCAACUGGUCGUUGGGCGGUAGGGCUGCAGGUGAGCAUGUUGGCGGUUAUGGUGUUAUCACUGGCAUGGACGCCCGCAACAAGUGGCGCCAGGAUAUUGGCCGUGUUCCCGUACAACGGCCACAGUCACUUUGCCAUGGUCGAACCGCUGAUGGUCGCGCUAUCCGAACGCGGUCACCAUGUUACCGUGAUCAGCCCGUUCCCGCGACGCAAAGACAACGUCGGCGGAGGAGGCCGGUACGUGGACGUGGACGUGUCAGACUCGCUUCCGCCAGUCAUCAGCCAGCUGAACGUGACCAAGGAGUUCGGACACCGCGUUGAUCCGGUUACCGGGCUUCGGGAUCUGUGCCGAAUGAAUCACCGGGUGUGCGAAGCCACAUUCGAACACCCAUUAGUCCGUGCGCUGAUCCACGAGCCCCGCACGUUUGACGUGGUGUUCACCGAAGCAUUCGCCACAGACUGUUUCUCAGCGUUUGCGCACGCGUACGACGCACCCCUGGUGUCCAUCCGGACGUCCAACUACUCGCCGCAGCUCAACCAGCGCGUGGCCAACCCGCAGAACCCAGCGUACCUGGUCAACCACCUACUCACGUACACCGGCCACGGCAUGUCGUUCGCCCAACGGCUGAUCAACGCGCUGGCCACGCACUUCGGAGCGAUCGGCUUCCAUGCCUUCUCCGACGGCCCGUCCACCGAACUGGUCCGGCGGCACUUCGGUCCCGGCACACCACCGGUUCCUGAAAUCACGCGCCGACGCACCGCACUUGUGCUGGUCAACGCCCAUCACAGCUUGACUCAGCCCAGGCCAACGGUUCCCAACGCCGUAGAAGUGGGUGGCUUGCACAUCACACAACCUGCAGAACUUGAAAACGCGGCCAAUGAAUGGACAGAUUACUGUGAUUUGUGCGACCAAGGUGUCAUUUACGUGUCUUUUGGUUCGUUGUUGAAGGGAUCGUCGUUUCCGGUACAGUUCACGACGGCAUUCGUACGGGCUUUCGAAGCGCUACCGUAUUGCGUGCUGUGGAAAUACGAGGGUGAAAUGAUAUCCGCACGAAUUAAAGUGUCCAAGUGGAUGCCCCAACAGCAGAUCCUAAGCCAUAAAAACGUUAAGGCAUUCAUAACGCACGGUGGCCUUAUGGGCGUUAUGGAAGCUGUGCACUUUGCAGUGCCGAUGAUCGGCAUACCUGUGUUCGGCGAUCAGCAGUCGAACGUCGCCGACUGUGUUGCAAAAGGCAUAGCCAUCGGACUGGACCAUCAACAGAUAACCGUAGAAAAACUGAUCAAAAGCAUUCAGUCUAUCAUCAUGGACAGCAAAUACAAGUCAAAGGCAUCCGAGUUGUCAGCAAGAUUCAGGGACAGGCCAUCAAGUGCACUGGAAACAGCCGUGUUUUGGACUGAGUACGUGAUCAGACACGGGAAUUCGACCAACACUGCAUCUCUGGCGAUGGAUUUUGAUUUUUAUCAAUAUUUUUUGUUAGACGUGGUCAGCGUCGGGCUGUUGAUUUUGUUAUUUUUAUUUUACAUAGCGUGCCAAGUAAAAAAAUGUAUGCAUUAAAAUAUUAUAACGGCGUGUUAUUCGUUACGCGAUUAAAAAAAUCCGUAAAUAUCCAAAACCGAAAUGCACACUUAUUAUUAUAAGAAAUGAAUUAACACGUUUUGUUAUGUUAUCUACCAUAACAUACCAUAUUUAUACACCAUAUUAUAUAAAAUUAAGUUACUAAGUUUAUAAUCACUGCAGCUAAAAUCUAUUUUUACAAUAUUAUACAUAAUAAUAUAAUAAACUGUAUAUAAAAUAAACAAAUUGAGCAA